AUGACCCUGUCACAGAGUUCUCAGCUCGACGACAACCUUUUGCCCGGCCUCGACUUGGAGACACAAUCCGCCGUCGACUGGGAGGUGUGGAACAUCAUCCAACCGGUUGUUGGACCAACGUCUCCGGACCCCUGUCAACCUCCUCAGUGCAGUCUGUGCCGCGGGCCCACUUGGGAAUCUAAGGAUGGUUCGCCCCACCACCCACACGAUUCGUCUUCGCAGUUCUCGAGUUUCCAAAUCUCGGCCUUGGAAGGGCUGCUCCUGAGCCCUCUCGUCAACACAACCAGUGCUUCCUUCGCCGCCGGACCUCCCAUCGACGGUCAGCUCUCACCUUCUCCCCCCAUCGUCAGCGUUCGGGGGGAGUCUAUGUACACCGGGGAUAGCGUGGUGGCUUCGUUUACAUCGUUUUUCGCCCCCGAGGAGCCUCCAUCGCUCUACCCCGGCGAUGUGAUCUCUCCCCCGAGCGCUGCGCCGGACGGUGUGGGGGAUGCUCCGGUUGCGUUCGUAGCGCCCCCCACCCCCGAGGCCCAAGUUCCGUACCAACCUCUGUCGGAGGUUGUGGAACAUUCGCCUUGCCCGUCGCUCUCAUCCCUCGUCUCCGACUGCGAGAGCUCCGAGAGUUCUCCCGGUCCGGCCACACCACCGUCCAUUGGGGAUCCACAGCACAACGGCAAGCACUUCCAGUGUAAGAUUUUCCUAGAAUGGUUCUCGACGAAGUUCAAUCUCGGCCAGCACAAGAAUUCAGGCAAGCAUGCCGACAUCUGGCCCUUCCCCUGUCCACGGCCAGACUGCGGGCGCGCGUUCGCAAAGAAACACGACCUCACUCGACACAUCGUUUCACACCAAGGGAUCUCCCUUCGCAGUGAGCAGAGGAAGGAGAAGGUACGCGAGGCCGUGAAGAAGGAGCAGGUCAAACGGAAGGUCAAGAACAGCCGCCAGUGA